CAACAUUGUGCGCAAAAUCGUCUCGUCUCGAGUCUUGUUGCUUUCGGUCGUUAUGAUGCACGAGAAUACCAACAUCAGACAGUGAAAAAAUGCAAUUCUUUCUCGAACGGUGUGUGUUUUUGGGUCCGUGAUGCCGCUACGAGUUCGCGAAUCGUGUUAAAAUUAUUAUGCAAUAUUCUCGCUGGACUUUUGAGAAACGAAAAUAAUUAUGGAAAUUUUUUAUUCGAUGUGUGAAAAAAAAAUCUGAACGGAGAUAAGCCUUCAGAAUGAAGAUAAGAAUUUGCACGAGGGAAAUUCGUUUCCAAAAUCAACAACUCAUGUGAUUCUUGAAAAGAUGCCCACGAAGGAGAUUAUCUAUGUGUCAAUUCUGGCGAUAUUACUGGCAAACAGUGAAGUUUGCGGAUUACGUUUGAAUCGAGUGGUAGUGCCACCUUAUAAACUGAGAGGUGAAAACGCAGUUUUAGAAUGCCACUACGAUUUAGACGACGAUUCCCUCUACGCUGUUAAAUGGUAUAAAGAAAACGAAGAAUUUUACAGAUUUGUACCGAAAUCACAUCCUCCACAGCAUUCCUACAAAGUCGAAGGAAUUAAAGUCAUAAACGAAGAAUCAGAUAGUCAUCAAGUAGUCCUACGAAGCGUUACUUUGAAAUCAAGUGGUCUGUAUAGAUGUGAAGUAUCUGCCGAAGGACCGUCGUUUUUUUCCGUCCAAAAGGAAGGAAGACUAGAAGUCGUUUUUUUGCCACGAGAAGCGCCGCAAAUAUCGGGAGAAAAAAAACAAUACCAAAUCGGCGACGAAUUGAAUUUAAAUUGUUCAUCCGGUAAAUCGUAUCCUGCGUCAGUUCUUAACUGGUACAUAAACGAUAACCAGGCAUCGGAUUCAAAUUUGCUACGAUAUCCGUUACAAAGUCAUAAUCACGGUUUGGUUUCAUCGCUGUUAGGUCUUCGGAUGCGUCUCAUAAGCGAGCAUUUUAUCGAAGGUAGUUUACGAGUUCGCUGCGUGGCCACGGUAUCACCAUUAUUAUGGCAGGGUAAUAAAGAAAGUAUAUUUCAAAAGAUAGACAACAGAGAGGCGAUGUUACUCGUGUAUAACUUUAUGGUUUCAGUGAGAAGUAUGGCAACUCAACAUACGCUUUCAGCAUUUCCUUGGAUUGUUACAGUAAUCUUAGCGCGAAUAUGAUUUUUAUAAACGGAUUUUUUUGCCCCAUUUUUCAUUUACUACGUUUUAAAUACCUAAUUAUUUUCUGAGAAAUUAAGUUGUAAUUUUUAUAAAAAUCGUUUGUUAUUUAAGUACCUAAUACGCUGUAAAUAAACCAUAUCUUCCUUGUCUUUGUAUAAAAACAAAAAAAAAAU